AUGAAGCUCUACCUGGCGGUGCUUACCGCCGCCACCACCGUACACCUGGUGCGAGGUCAGGUCGAUGCACCGUGCAUACCGGGAGUAACCUGUCCAACCUUCAAGUGCAGCCCGGAUAUUCGAUGCCAAAAUACUAACCCUCUCGAGGGUGCCAAGCUACUUCCGCACCCAACCUGUUCCAAGUUCUACAAGUGCGCCAAUGGUAACGCCUGCGAAUACGACUGCCCCGCCAACCUGCACUUCAAUGAGCGCGAACUAGUCUGUGAUUGGCCGGAACGUGCCUGCUGUGAUCCCAUGGUACCUUGCGUGCCGAACGAUCCUUGCAUACCGGACGUAACCUGUCCUCCGGCACCGUCGGAACCGACGCUACCAACAAUUCCACCACCACCGCCGCCUCCAGUGCCAACAGUUCCACCACCACCACCGCCUCCAGUGCCGACAGUGCCUCCGCCGCAGCCACCACCACCACCACCACCACCACCAGCACCUGUACCGUGUACCCCUGGUCUUUGCCCCAACAACUGUGUUCCGGACAGUCGCUGCCGGAUCGAUGACGAUCCCUUCAAUCCAACCACCUUGCCACACGAAACCGACUGUACGCUGUUCUACAAAUGUAAUGUGGAAGAUCCUUGCAUCCCCGGCGUUACAUGUCCUCCCAGCAAUUGUAUCCCGGAUUCCCGCUGCCCUGUGCGUGAUGAAGUCAAUGUAACGCUGCUACCUCAUCCUGCAUGUGACAAGUUCUACAAAUGCAGUAGUGGAAACGCUUGUGAGCUUUACUGUCCACCAGGACUGCAUUUCAAUGCAAAACUGUUUGUUUGCGAUUGGCCGGGUAGUGCUUGUUGUGAUCCAACAAUUCCACCCGCUCCGACGCCCGCUCCCACUCCCGCUCCGACACCCGCUCCGACGCCAGCUCCAACGCCAGCUCCAACUCCCGCUCCAACACCGGAAGAUCCUUGCAUCCCUGGCGUUACGUGUCCGCCCAGCAAUUGUGUACCGGAUUCUCGCUGUCCGGUGCGUGAUGGAGUCAAUGUAACACUGCUACCUCAUCCUGCAUGUGACAAGUUCUACAAAUGUAGUGGUGGAAAGGCAUGUGAGCAUUCCUGUCCACCAGGACUGCAUUUCAACGCAAAACUGUUUGUUUGCGAUUGGCCGGGUAGUGCCUGUUGUGCCGCUCCGACGCCCGCUCCCACUCCCGCUCCGACACCCGCUCCGACGCCAGCUCCAACGCCAGCUCCAACUCCCGCUCCAACACCGGAAGAUCCUUGCAUCCCUGGCGUUACGUGUCCGCCCAGCAAUUGUGUCCCGGAUUCUCGCUGUCCGGUGCGUGAUGGAGUCAAUGUAACACUACUACCUCAUCCUGUAUGUGACAAGUUCUACAAAUGUAGUGGUGGAAAGGCAUGUGAGCAUUCCUGUCCCCCAGGACUGCACUUCAACGCAGAACUGAAGGUUUGCGAUUGGCCAGGAAGUGCUUGUUGUGAUCCAACAAUUCCACCCGCUCCGACGCCCGCUCCCACUCCCGCUCCGACACCCGCUCCGACGCCAGCUCCAACGCCAGCUCCAACUCCCGCUCCAACACCGGAAGAUCCUUGCAUCCCUGGCGUUACGUGUCCGCCCAGCAAUUGUGUCCCGGAUUCUCGCUGUCCGGUGCGUGAUGGAGUCAAUGUAACACUACUACCUCAUCCUGUAUGUGACAAGUUCUACAAAUGUAGUGGUGGAAAGGCAUGUGAGCAUUCCUGUCCCCCAGGACUGCACUUCAACGCAGAACUGAAGGUUUGCGAUUGGCCAGGAAGUGCUUGUUGUGAUCCAACAAUUCCAUGCGAUCCUCCAUGUAUCCCAGGGGUAACAUGCCCGCCGACAGGACCAACACCUGCUCCAACACUACCACCGGUACCAACACCUGCUCCGACGCCUGCGACUACCCUUGCCCCCAAUCCACAAGAUCCCUGCAUACCGGGUGUUACCUGUCCACCUACAGGAAGUGAAAAUUGCCACAACGAUAUGCGCUGCCCAUCGCUGGACGGUAUUAAACCGACCCUCUUUGCACACUUUGACUGUAACAAGUUCUACAAGUGUACCAACCGCAAGGCAUGUGAACAUUCCUGUCCACCGGGGCUACACUUCAACGCGAUGCAAUUUGUUUGCGACUGGCCGCAUCACGCAUGUUGUGACCCUACUAUACCGUGCCAACCUCCGUGUGUCCCAGGUGUAACAUGUCCCUAA